AUGAGCCCAGUCAGCGACGUCGCCGACGGCGACACGGGCGACCUCUUCCAGGACCCGGAGGACUACUACCCGCCCACGCCGCCGCCGACCACGCAGUCUCACACGCUCGCCUCGGGCCGCGUGCUCACGCUGCACCUGGUCGGCUACUCCCCGACGGAGGCGCACCACCUGUGGAACGGCAGCCGCGUGGUCUCGGACUACUUCGAGGCGGAGCCGGCGCGGGUGCGGGGGCGCACGAUGCUCGAGCUCGGAGCGGGCGCGGGCCUGCCCUCGCUGACGGCGGGGAUCCUGGGCGCGAAGAUGGUUGUGGUGACGGACUUCCCGGACGUGGAGAUUGUGCAGACGAUGCAGAAGAACGUGGACGAGGCGGGGGAUCUGGAGGGCGUGGUGGUCCCGGCGGGGUAUGUUUGGGGCGCGGACGUGGUGCCGUUGUUUGAGAAGCUGGGGGGCGGGGAAGGGGCGAGGUUUGAUGUGUUGGUGCUGGCGGAUUUGCUGUUUAGGCAUUCAGAGCACGGGAAGCUUGUGGACACGAUUGAGAUGGCGCUGGCGAGGAGGAGGGACGCCGUGGCGUAUGUGUUUUUCACGAGUUACCGGCCGUGGUUGAGGCACAAGGAUUUGGCGUUCUUUGAUGUGUGCCGAGAGAGGGGGUUUGUGGUCGAGCAGGUUGUGGAUAAGAGGAUGGAGAAGCCGCUUUUUGAGAAUGACCCCGGUGAUUUGGAGGUGCAGAAGACGGUGGGCGGGUACGAGGUGAGGUGGCCUGAGGAGAAGCUGGAGGCGUAG